AUGGCUCAUAUUUCAGUCCCGGAGGAUAUUUAUGAAAUUAUUGGAAAAUUAAUGUUUGCUUAUGGCGAUGAAGCUGAACCGAUUGAGACAUGUCAGCAAUACGUCACCGAUAUUUUGCAUAAUCAGAUAAUGGAUACAAUAAAUAGAGCCAAGAAAUGUGCAACAUUACGAGGCUGUAAAAAAAUCGAAUGUGUGGAUUUCUUAUUUCUUCUUCGCAAAAAACCAUUCCAUCUUAGUCGGAUUUAUCGUAUGGCUAAAUCAGCAGAUUUGUUAAAAGGUUUCAAUGAAGAUUAUGAUACAGAAUGUGAUAUUCUGGCGGAGGUUCCAACUAGUAGCUCAGAUUUCUGUGGAAAAGAAGCACAGUCAAUCUAUGACAGUGUUGGAUUAUUCGAUGUAACGGGUGAACUGCAGAGAUAUCUGAAAAGUGAUGUAAAAGUUGAUGAUGAAAAACGUGAACGAUUGAAACGGUUGUCAGAACGUACGGCAUUGAUGGAUGAAGACGAAUAUAAAGAAUAUACGGUAGCAAGGACAUAUAGCUUCUGCGCUGGACAUGGCGUUAGGAAAGCAAAAAUUGGUCGAUUUCUGAAAUGGCUGGGCGAUCCUGAAAUUACCGCAAGUGCUUUAAUGAUCCUGAACUAUCUAGCGUGCGAAAUUAUUUGUUGUUUGGUCGAGGGCGCAUUAUGGUCACGAAGGGAGGAGGGAAAGAAUCAUUUCGUUGAUAUUUAUCCCUUUAAAGCUUUGCAACCGAGGCAUUACGAGGAAUCACUGCGGAAAAACAAAGCAUACAUGAUUGGUGGUAAUAUUGUUGUAGGGUCAUAUCAGUAUUGA